AUGACCAAUCGAAAAUACGAGAACGUUCAAGAGGCUGAAGAUGUAGGCUUCCGCUACACUCCUGACCAUUUCUAUUUUAAUCAACCAGGAAAGAGUUACGUCACGGAUAUGGCGCACUACCAGCGUCUUUAUGACGAAUCCAUUGCUGAUCCCGAGCUAUUUUUCGAUCAGAUGGCAAGAGAAUUUCUACAUUGGGAUAAACCUUACACUAAAGUCAAAUGGGGGUCCCUUGAAAAGGGUGACAUUGCAUGGUUCCUUAACGGUGAGUUGAAUGCAUGUUACAAUUGUGUCGAUAGACAUGCAUUUCAAACUCCUGAUAAGUCAGCAAUCAUUUUUGAAGCUGACGAUGAGAAGGAGAACAGAAUAAUUACUUUUUCCGAGCUUUUAAGAGAAGUUUCCAAAGUAGCCGGAGUUUUACGAUCAUGGGGAGUUCAGAAAGGUGAUACCGUCGGUAUUUAUUUGCCGAUGAUUCCAGAAGCUAUUAUUGCAAUGCUAGCCGUAGUAAGAAUUGGUGCUAUACAUUCCGUGGUCUUUGCUGGAUUUUCUGCAGCAUCAUUGAAAGACCGUGUCGUGGAUGCUGGUUGUAAAGUGGUAUUAACGUGUGAUGAAGGACGUAGAGGUGGUAAAACUAUCCAUAUGAAAAAUAUUGUAGACGAAGGAUUGAAUGGCGUGGAUUCUGUCUCCAAGAUUCUUGUCUUCCAAAGAACUGGUAAUGCUAACAUUCCAAUGACAUCAGGUAGAGAUUACUGGUGGAGUGAGGAAACGGCAAAACAGAGAAGUUAUUUACCACCUGUUCCAUGUAAUGCUGAAGAUCCUUUGUUUUUAUUAUACACGUCAGGUUCAACAGGGUCACCAAAGGGUGUGGUCCACUCUACGGGUGGCUACCUACUAGGAGCAGCAAUAACUACAAGAUAUGUGUUUGACAUUCAUCCAGAAGAUGUGUUAUUUACUGCAGGUGAUGUCGGCUGGAUUACCGGUCAUACAUAUGCCCUUUACGGACCAUUAUCACUGGGUACACCAACCAUUAUCUUUGAAUCUACUCCAGCAUAUCCUGAUUAUGGUAGAUAUUGGAGAAUCAUCGAACGAUACAAGGCCACUCAUUUCUAUGUAGCACCCACUGCAUUGAGAUUGAUUAAAAAAUCUGGUGAAUCAGAAAUUUCCAAAUAUGACAUUUCUUCCCUGCGGAUGUUAGGGUCCGUGGGCGAACCAAUUUCCCCUGAAUUAUGGGAAUGGUAUCAUGAAAAAAUUGGUAAUAAGGAUUGUGUCGUUUGUGAUACUAUGUGGCAAACUGAAUCUGGAUCCCAUUUAAUAGCACCAUUAGCUGGUGCGGUUCCAACCAAACCAGGCUCAGCUACUGUUCCAUUCUUUGGAGUUGACACAUGUAUUAUCGACCCUGUAACAGGUAUGGAAUUAAAAGGUAACGAUGUUGUUGGUGUACUUGCAGUAAAGUCACCAUGGCCUUCAAUGGCAAGGUCGAUAUGGAAAGAUCAUAAUCGUUAUGUUGAGACAUACCUGAAACCAUACCCAGGAUAUUAUUUCACGGGUGAUGGGGCUGGAAGAGAUCAUGAUGGCUAUUAUUGGAUUAGAGGCAGAGUGGACGAUGUUGUUAACGUAUCAGGACAUAGAUUAUCUACAUCAGAGAUUGAAGCUUGCAUAUCGGAUGAUGAAUAUGUUUCAGAGGCUGCUGUAGUUGGAAUUGCCGAUGAUUUGACAGGUCAAGCAGUCAUUGCAUUUGUCUGCCUAAGAGAUCCAGAUUUGAAUGCCGGUUGUGGUGAUAUCGAGACUUCAAUGGGAGGGGACGCCACUCCUCCUGACUUCCAUAGAGAACUUGUGUUACAGGUCAGAAGAGAAAUUGGACCAUUUGCUUCUCCAAAGGCAAUUAUAAUUAUUAAAGAAUUACCAAAGACAAGAUCAGGAAAAAUUAUGAGAAGAGUACUAAGGAAGAUAGUUUCAAAUGAGGCUGAUCAGCUGGGGGACUUAUCAACAUUAUCUAAUGCGGAAGCGGUCCCUGACAUUAUGGAUGCUGUCAAACAACAGUUUUUCUCAAAAUUGGCCCACUAA